AUAUAACUAAAAAUACAAUGUGUCAAUAGUAGGAUUCAUUCAUAUGACCAAUUGCAAAACUAGUUUUGCAUGGACAUAUUUCAAUACAAUAAUUAAGUAAAACUAUCGACAUAUUUCAUCAAAAAUUACAUAAACAUCACCAUCAAAUAUCAAAAAUAGCAAGCAAGAAUCGCAAAAUCUUGACUAUUUCACGAACAAAGAAACAUGUACAUUAUCUAUUCAGACAACAACUAAGGGUAAAAAUCAAAAUUAAUGCCAGCCAUUUAAAUUAAAAAAAAAAAGAAAUCGGCGAAAAGGGGCAGCCAAAUCAACAAUUCCCCUGAUAAUCUACCAACUCCAGCGCAGUCUAUUUUCAUGUAGCAACAAGCAUCACCUCUGCCUUCGGAUAAAUGCUUAAGAGGUUCGAAAUUCUGUAACAACAAGCAUCACCUCCGCCUCCAGAGAGAGAUAGAGAGAUCGGAGGCGGCAGUUACGGAGAUUGUCGAGAGAAAGAGGCCAGCGGAAUGCAGGCGGGCGAUUUGGCGGUGGCAUUAGGCGGUGGGUGGACAACCACCGUCGGAGCGAGGCGACGACGACUGUUAGAGAAGCCGCUGCUGCCCGGCGAUGAGGCGGAUCGGCGGGCACCGCUGCUGGAUCUCUCGACUGCUGCUGAAGGAGAAGAGAGCGGCGGAAACCCUAACAAAGACAGAGAGAGGAAAGGAUUUUCUUGAUGCUUAUAUUUCUCCAGUUGUCGAUGACCAUGAAGCGGAUCCAUUGGAGCGUCGCAUUGCAGAUGCAGUUUAUGCAGCUGAGGAUGUCAUCGAAUCCCAAAUUGUGCUUCAAAUUCAUAACAGAUCCAGAAUUCGUGGGAAGAUGUCCUGUUUUUUCAAGUUGUUUCGAGCUCGGUGUAAAUGCGCAACUAUUGUGGAGGACUUCUACCACGAUCUACAACUAGUGAUAGAAGAAAUGAAUUUGAUCAAGAAGGAAGCCAUGGAGAUUGCAACCGCAGCUGAUCAACUGCAGAGAAAGGUCUCAUUAACUCAUGCUGCCUCCUCUUCAACUGUGAAGGAAAGCAUAAUGGUGGGCUUCGACGAGGUGUUACGUGAAGUGCUGGAUAAGCUCACCGGAGUUCAUGGCAGUCUCCAAAUCAUCCCAAUUAUGGGGAUGGGCGGCAUUGGUAAGACCACUCUUGCCCGGCAUCUAUUUGAGCAUGCGGUUGUUAAAAAGCAUUUUUAUAUUCGUGCUUGGACUACGAUUUCUCAAACUUAUGAUGUUAGAGAAACACUUAGAGAAGUUCUUUUUCAAGCAAGUGGGGAUUCGGGUAGUGAUGAUCUAAGUGAGAGAGAAUUGCGAUUAAAACUAUACCAGUAUUUAUGGGGCAGGAGGUAUCUCAUAAUUAUGGAUGAUAUGUGGAGUAUAGAGGUGUGGGACAAGAUCAGGUUUUCCUUUCCUGAUUGCAAAAAUCAUGAGAGUCGAAUAAUUGUAACAACUAGGCUGUCAAACUUGAAUUUGCAGUUGAAUGAGUAUUAUGGCGUUAGUAUGAAAUUUCUAGAUGAGGCUAGUAGCAGGGAUUUGUUCACCAACACUGUGUUUGGUGGAGAAAGUUUACCUCAUGAGUUGGAGGAUAUUGGAAAGAGUAUUGUAGCAAAUUGUAAAGGGCUUCCUUUAUCAAUUGCUACAAUUGGAGGUCUUUUGGCAAAAUCUGAGCGCACUACAGAAUAUUGGAUGCGUAUAGAGCAAAAUUUAAAUUCAAUUGUGAAUACGAAUAAUGAUGAAUUUUGCUUGAAAAUAUUGCGAAUGAGCUAUACCUAUCUACCCAACUAUUUGAAGCCAUGUUUCUUGUAUAUGGGUGUUUUUAAGGAAGAUCGUUCAAUUCGUGUCUCAAUGCUGAAGAAGCUAUGGGUUUCAGAAGGAAUUUUAAAACCCGUGAGUGGAAAAUGUUUGGAAACAAUAGGAGAAGAGUACUUGAAAGAGUUGGUAGAUAGAAAUCUGAUUUUAGUUGAUAAGUUGGGGGUUAGUGGAAAUGUAAAGUUUUGUAAGAUUCAUGAUUUGUUGAGGGACAUGUGCUUGAAAGUGGUUGAAAAAGUGAGGUUUUAUCAUAUCAUAGAAAAGUCUCCUUCAGUCAUAGAUAAUGAACGUCGUCGGGUUGUUUUUCAAAAUGGUGGAAGAGGGGUAAUAAGUGAAGUCUCGAGAUCUUUGUCACAUGCUCGUUCUAUAAUAUGUGAUGACGAUGGGAUAAACUUUGAAAGGCCUCACAAUUUUAGAUUGCUGAGAACAUUCAAAGCAUAUGAUAAAGAUUCAUAUAGAGGUGGUCUUCAUUUCGUAGGCGCUGUUUUUCAAUUGGUGAACUCACGGCACCUUGCUGUUAGAGUUCAUUCGGUGACCAAAUUCCCGUCUUCAAUCAAUUUGCUUUGGAAUCUAUCUACGUUAAUAGUUUAUGAGUCUGAUUCAGAGUAUUGGCGUGAAGUUGUUGCACCGAUUGAGAUUUGGAAAUUGCAUCAACUUAGGCAUCUUGAGUUUGUGAAAGAAGGAUUGAUUCUACCAGAUCCUCCGAGUGAGAUGGUUAUCAUGGAGAAUCUACAAACGCUCAAAGGAGUAAUGAAUUUGUAUUUGAAUGAGGAGGUGGUUCAAAGAAUUCCCAAUGUCAAGAAAUUGCGUCUAAUUUACAAAUACAAGGGUUUGAGUAAAGUGAAACAAACGGAGAGAGCAAACUCUUUUAGCUAUCUUGAGUGUCUGAGUAAAUUGGAAAACUUGUUAUGCCGCUUCCAUUAUGGAUAUGAUGAGUAUUUGCAGAGGCUUACUUUCCCACACUCUCUCAAGAAGUUGAACUUAUUUCUCUAUUAUCAUGCGGAGUUGGAAGAGAUAUUGGAAAAGAUAGGGUGGUUGCCCCUUCUUCACAAGUUAGUAUUACAUCGUGGUACCUUCAAAACAGGCAAUUGGGACACUAUUGAGGGCCAAUUCCAGAGCCUCAAGCUACUACAAUUGAACUUCUGUCAAGGUCUAAAAAGUUGGAUGAUGGCAGAGAGCUCCCACUUUCCAGUUCUGCAGGAGCUUCGUCUUCGAAGUUUGGAUGAAAUGGAGGAGAUCCCUUCCGAAGUUGGAGAGAUAGCAACGCUGAAAUCAAUUUAUUUGGAAGAUUGCAGUGAAUCAGCGGUAGAGUCAGCUGCAAAGAUAGUAGAAGAACAAGAGGAUUUAUAUGGAGACCAACUACACUUUCACGUUCGAGCUAUAGUUGCAAAAGCACACGAAAGACUGCAGAGCUUAGCAAGUCCCAACUUUGAAGUUACAGUGAGAGCUUAUUAGAAUCAUCCAAGAUUGUUAGUUACAAGUUCAGACCUUUUGUUUCGUAAGCUUAUAAAACUUUGAGCUUUUGUUGCUUCAA